CAAACAAAGUUGUGACAUUCGAUAACAGCUUUAAACCGAAUGUUAAGUCUCUGAAUGUUACGAGAAUAUUUAUUUUCUUGAAUAAAUGAAUGUAAACCGCUAAAUGUUGAUUAAAAUUUAGAGUUUAUAAUCGCUUAAUUGUUAAAUAGUACUUAAGACAAAUUUAUUUGUAUACCAAAUACAAAAUGUCUAUGUCAAUGAAUAUGUCUAACACGUCUUCGUCGGCUAGUGGAGCAUCUUCGGGCACUGCUACUAAGUCAUCUAGCAAUGCAAAUUCACAAGAAUCUGUUCAAGAAUACACUAUACGUGUCCCAAAAAAUGGCCGCAAAAAAUAUCAUUUAAUGCGUUUUAAUGCAACAUUAAAUGUCGAUUUUGCAAAAUGGACCAAUGUUAAAAUGGAACGUGAAAAUAAUCAACGUGAAUUUAGAGGAAUGGAUGAGGAACAACCUAAAUUUGGUGCUGGAAGUGAAUUUGGACGUGAUGCACGUGAAGAAGCUAGACGUAAAAAAUUAGGUUUUGCUGCUAGAAAGUAUAAGUCUGAAGAUCAACCUUGGUUGUUAAAAGCAGGCGGCAAAAAUGGAAAAAAAUUUAAAGGUAUACGAGAAGGUGGCGUAUCAGAGAAUGCAUCAUACUAUGUGUUUACACAUGCAGCUGAUGGUGCAAUUGAGGCGUUUCCAUUACAAGAAUGGUAUAAUUUCACACCAAUACAAACUUAUAAAGCUUUAUCAGCUGAAGAAGCCGAACAAGAGUUUGGUAAACGUAAUCGUGUAUUAAAUUUCUUCUCAUUGAUGAUGCGUAAACGGCUGCGAGGUGACGAAGAUGCUGACGGUGAAAAUGGUAUGGGUGGAAUUGAUGGUGAUGAUAUUAAAUUAAAUGGCGGUGGUAAAUCAAAUAAAAGUAAAAGUAAAGAUAAAGAAUUAAAAAUUACCGAAAUGGAUGAAUGGAUGGAGAGUAGUGGUGAUGAUUCUGAUGAGGACGAUGAUGAUGACAAGGAAAAAGAAGACAAAGAAGAGAAAGCUAACAAAAAUAAAAAGACACAAAAAAAGAAAAAAAUACGUGAUACUGAUGCUGAAGCAUUUGAAGAUAGUGAUGAUGGUGAUGAUGAGGGACGAGAAUUAGAUUAUAUAUCAUCGUCUAGUGAAAGUGAUGAUGAUAUUGAAAAACAAUUACAAGGUGUUGCCGAAGAAAAGGCAUUACGAAAAUUAUUAACAUCCGACGAAGAUUCUGAAGAUGAAGAAAACAAAUCAAACAAAUCAAAUAGUUCCGAUGAUGAAAAAGACAAAGACAAGGAUGGUGAAGGUAAUGAUAAAAAGGGUAAAGAUAAAGAUGAUAAAGAUGGUAAAGAUAAAGAAGAUGGAGAUUCAAAAGCUAAAAAUAAACAAAAUAAAAAGAAGGCUUCACAAUUGAAAAAGAAAGACUUUAGUAAAAAUAAGAAUAAGAAAGAUAAAAAAGAUUCAAGCAGUUCAUUAAGUAGUGAUUCUGAUUCAGAUAAUGAAAACAGUAAGAAAAAGAAAGAUAAUUCAUCGAAUAAUAAUUCUCGUUCAUCGUCACCAAUAACUGAUAAUAAACGUAAAUUGGAUGGUACAAGUAAUACUUCACCAAUAAGUGCUAAGAAACAAAAAUUAGAUAUGCCAGCAGCAUCAUUACCAACAUAUUUAAUGUCAUCAAGUGAUUCUGGUAUAACUGAAGACGCUGUACGCCGUUAUUUAAUGCGUAAGCCAAUGACGACAACCGAAUUAUUGCAGAAAUUUAAAACAAAGAAGACUGGUUUAAAUAGUGAACAAUUAGUGAAUAUAAUGACACAAAUAUUAAAGAAAAUCAAUCCUGUAAAACAAACUAUUAAGGGAAAAAUGUAUUUAUCU